AAGCAGAGGGGCCGUAGCUAUUUGAAAGAGACCAUCGCGUACCAUGAGGGACUGACCUGCCACACACAGUGCCGAGAUUUUCAGAGGUUCGCAUCUCAUCUUUUGUCAACAAAAAAAUGAGUGUCUGGAAGACUGCAAAGCGCUCCCGCAUCUAAGAGACUCCAGAGGAGGCGAUUCUUGAAGUGUAGCUAUAUUAAUGGAAUAAAACCAGUUUACAUAGCAACAAUGUCAGGAAAAUCAGACGGGAAAAAGAAGUGGGCGACAGUCAGGGAUCGCCUGGGCUCCUCGCAGGAUUCUGAUACUCAGCAGGAGGCCAACCUGGAGAAUUCUGAUGCAGAGCUGUGCAUCAGACUGCUCCAAGUCCCCACUGUCGUCAACUAUUCUGGGCUGAAGCGCCGCCUGGAAGGCAGUGACGAGCUAUGGAUGGUCCAGUUCCUGGAAUUAAGUGGGCUCGAUCUCCUCCUGGAGGCCCUAGACCGUCUCUCUGGGCGUGGAUGCUCUCGCAUUGCAGAUGCUCUUCUGCAGCUCACCUGUGUCAGCUGCGUCCGAGCAGUAAUGAACUCAGCAGCGGGGAUCCACUUCAUCAUAGAGAAUGAGGGAUACAUUCGGAAGCUCUCCCAAGCCUUGGACACCUCCAACACCAUGGUGAAGAAGCAGGUGUUUGAGCUUCUCGCAGCCCUCAGCAUGUUCUCUUCGGAUGGUCAUCGCCUGGCACUUGACUCCCUGGACCACUACAAGGGUGUAAAGACACAGCAGUAUCGCUUCAGCGUGAUUAUGAAUGAGCUACAGGCCACAGAUAAUGUCCCUUACAUGGUCACGCUCCUCAGUGUCAUCAACGCUCUCAUCUUCGGGACAGAGGACCUCAGGCAGCGCGAUAGGAUGAGAAAGGAGUUUAUAGGGCUGCAGCUACUUGAUGUUCUGCCAAAGCUGAGGGAGCAGGAGGAUGAAGACUUGAUUAUUCAAUGUGAAGCUUUUGAGGAGGCAAUGGCUGAAGAUGAGGAAGAGCUUUUGCGAGUGUAUGGGGGCAUUGAUAUGAGUAAUCACCAGGAGGUUUUCACUACACUUUUUAACAAGGUGAGCAGCUCCCCAGCUUCUCUUCAGCUGCUGUCCAUCCUGCAGACGCUGCUGGUGCUGGGACCGGGGCGCCCUGACAUCUGGCUGGCUCUAGAGGCCAUCACUAACAGGGCCAUACUGCUCGCCCAGGACUCUCAGAUGGAGUCCUGUGAGAAGAUCAUGCAGCGGCUGAUGUUUUAUAAAAGAAAAAGCAGUGAAGAUCAACACGAAGUGGACGGACCGCUGGUCAAAGUGGAUAAGGCUGUGCAGGCUCAGCUGGACCACCCAGAUACAGACAAGCCAGACAAAAGCACAUUAUCCUCUCAGAAGCCACCAUGUGCCUCACCCCCACCCCCACCCCCACCCCCUCUACCCCCCUCCAACCUGUGCACACCACCGCCGCCACCACCACCUCCGCCGCUAUCCGGAGGGGUUGUUAGUCCCCCACCACCUCCUCCAUUACCUGGACUGACUCCUCCUCCUCCUCCACCACCACCUCUGCCCUUUGGUCCUGGGAUCCCUCCUCCCCCACCCUUACCAGGGAUGGGUGGUGGACCACCACCCCCGCCACCUUUACCUGGCAUGCCACCUCCACCACCUCUGCCCUUUGGUCCAGGGAUCCCUCCUCCCCCACCCUUACCAGGGAUGGGUAGUGGACCACCACCACCUCCACCUUUACCUGGCAUGCCACUUCCACCACCUCCUCCUAUGGGCAUGAUUGUGGCUCAGAGUAGCCAGGCCCUGGGGUGCAGCGUGCCCACAAAGACAACUCGGUGUCCCACUCUGAGGAUGAAAAAGCUCAACUGGCAGAAACUUCGCUCCGUUACUGAUGGUCACUCCAUGUGGGCCUCGGUUCAGAAAGAUCCGCCUUCUCCCGAGCCCGACUAUAGCAGUAUCGAGCAGCUGUUCUGUCUCCCGGUGGCCGAACACAAAGACAAGGGGGCAGCUGCUCCUGUCAAGAAGGAGCCUAAAGAGAUCACAUUCAUUGAUCCAAAGAAAAGCUUGAAUGUGAACAUAUUCCUAAAGCAGUUCAAAUGCACAAAUGAGGAGUUUGUGGCCAUGAUCCAGUCUGGGGACCGGACUAGGUUUGAUGUGGAGGUGCUAAAACAGCUUCUUAAGCUCCUGCCAGAGAAGCAUGAGAUGGAAAAUCUGAAGUCUUUCCAAGGAGAAAAAGACAAGCUGGCAAAUGUUGACCGCUUUUACACUUCUCUCCUUACUGUGCCAUGUUAUCAGUUGAGGAUUGAGUGCAUGUUGUUGUGCGAGGAAACGGCAUCAGUGUUGGAGAUGCUCGAACCUAAAGUCAAGCUUGCGGAGGAGGCCUGCCAAUCUCUCAGAACGAGUACGCUCAUGCCCAAUUUUUGCAGGAUCAUCCUCGAUGUGGGAAAUUUUCUCAACUAUGGAAGUCACACGGGGAACGCUGAGGGGUUCAAAAUUAGCUCUCUGCUCAAGCUUACAGAAACAAAAGCUAACAAGAGCCGCAUCACGCUGCUUCAUCACAUCUUGGAGGAAGCAGAGGCAAACCACCCAGAGCUGUUAGCGCUACCGGAUGACAUAUCAAUAUGUGCAAAAGCAGCAGGAGUUAAUCUGGACUCUGUUCAGUCAGAAGCCAGUGCCUUACUAAAAAGACUGAAUGAGACAGCCAAGAAAGUGUCCAACUCUGUGGAAGAGGUGAAGGAGAAAUAUGUGAAAGUUCUCGAGGAAAAUCAGAAGCUGUGUCGAGAAUUAAACGAAAGAUUGACUGAGAUCGAAAAGAAAAAGAGUGAACUAGCUGUGUAUCUAUGUGAGGAUGCUAAUCAGCUGUCGCUUGAAGAACUAUUUGGUACCAUCAGAACUUUCCGAGAACUCUUCAUCAAGGCGCUGAAGGAAAACAAAACUCGGAAAGAACAAGCAGCCAAGGCUGAGAAGAGAAAGAAGCAGCUGGCAGAGGAGGAGGAGGCCAAGAGACGGAAAGGAGAGAAUGGGAAAAUAAUGAAGAAAGGCUUUGUGCCACAGAACGAUGGCUGCAUCAUAGAAAACCUCCUGGCGGAUAUCAGAAAAGGUUUCAGCCUCAGAAAGACCCGGCCAAGGUGCGAUUCGGAAAGCCUCCCUUCUAGUGAAAUGCGUAGGAAUACCUGCUCACCUGGAUCACGUGUGAAGCCUGUAGGCGAAGAAGCCGUCAACAUGGCCACCAUUUCCGCUCCUAUAACACCUCAAACAGAGGGUCAUCAGGGCACCACAGGCGAAGUGAACGGCUUCAUAAGCCCGUCAGAAGAAACUCCACAAGCUCCUCAGCUGAAUGCAGUGCACGACGGUUCAGUUGUGACUCCCAGCACACCCCCAGGAAAACCAGCUACAGUGGCACCCCUGGAAAGACCUACAUCACUUCAGGCGGGUCAACCGCCAGAGAAAGAUGUGACAUCCCCCACAGACAGGAUUCAAGCUCAGCCUCAGGUUAAAGGGGACCGCCAACCAUGCCUCUCCACAAACAGCUUUUCAUUAGAUUCAGCUGAGACCAGUAUCAUCAGUCCAUCUUCCCUCUCAGACUCUGACUUGCUGGAGGCUGCAUUUGAUGGCGUGUCCAGCCCAGCACCUCAGCAGCCAGCAGACCUUAGCGUAAAUGUUCACAUCAAAGAAAUUAUAGACAUGACUACAACACAGAGCGAUGGAAGCAAUGUUAUGGAAGAGGGUAAAGGUGAAACUACUAAUAAAACAAGCCAUGUACCAGAGACUGCAGGACAAGAGAAGGGUCACGAAGAGAGAGGACUCAGAACAUUUGGCAGAGACGAAGUCAGGAGUUGCAAAAAUACAGACACUAAAAAGAAUGUGAUUGAGGGUAUCGGGGGGUGCGAUGUCCCAGAUGGACUGGAACCAGAAGAUCUGCCAUCAGUGUCUGAACCAGUGCCUCCUGCUCUUGAGCCAGAGCCAAAGAAACAGAUGAAGCUCUCUAUACGAAACAAAAAGAAGAGUCACAAAGGUAACCUAUCCAUUCACUUAAAUAAAGGUCACAUAUGGAAUGCUAGUCUCUUGACGUUUCUUAAAGGGAAACCUCUGUUCAUUUUUUUAUUGCUUUUAUCAUUUUAUAUCUUUAUGUACAGGCUAUUUUAAUAUAUGUUCAUAGAAAUUUUGACAUAAAUACAUGCAUUUUAUUAAAGAGUACGAAUGCAGUGUGCAGUAUUUAAUACUGAAUGGAUUUUGAAUCUAUGGCCAGUUUGUUUGAAUGUUCUGUUUUCCCAUUCUGACUCUCUGAAACACAAGGUAACAGUGGGAAAGGACACACUAAACAUAAAACAGGCUGUGUGUUGCAGUGAGGUAGGUCAAGUCGAUGGGAUGGCAAACAGUAAGCGGGAAUGAACUCAAUCAUCGUCAGAGCUUUGUUCCAAAUAACACGUCAUUUGUUGGUCUAACCGGAAUCUGGAUCUCAUUUGUCUGUGUUGUCCGACUUUUUAACACAUGCCCACUCUUCAACACUCUCCCAGUUCAGUGCUUAUCAGGCUAAACUCUUGUCUUGAGGCAAUUCUAAUGUCCAUCAAACUUAGGGGAAAGAAAAUCUAAAAGUACUGCCGUGAGCAGUAAUUAAUCAUCAUUAAACAGUGGUUAAUUUGUCAGAUCUGAUCUCAAACAGCUUUGCUGUUUGCGAAGUCUCUGUGAAGCCAUUGUGGACCGAGUUAUUUCAUGAAAGCUGUCACUUUUGUGUCCUCCUCGUCGUCUUCUUCCUCCUCCAUAUAUUCUUGUCCAUUCUCUGAAUCUGCAACUGAGACGGCUUAACCUGCUAACAGUCUGCUGUGCUUCCUGUAAACUGUGCUUUGUUAAUUUACCUUUAAUGACAGACACUGUAUAUGAUUGUAAAUGUAUUAAAAUACUUUCUUACUAAAACUCUGAACCUUUCUAAGCCGAUAAUCACGUUUGCAAGCAGAACACUCGAGUGAGCAUACUUCUCUGCCAGGGGCCUUUUGAGCCAGCAGCGUUAUAUAAAUAACUGUGAGAGAUAUUAAAGUAUUUUUCAUUCGCACUAUUGAUUUUAGUAUUUGUUCUCCCUAGGUAACUCCAGAAAAAGAAAAUCAAGAGGGAAAGGAAAAUGCUGACCUCAGACAGGAGUUCAGAACAGUGUAUUUUACUAAGAUUACAUUAAUAUUGACCGGAGGAUGUGGAAGUCUCCCUUCUGUGAACUUUUUCCUGACGAAGAAGAGCAACCGCAUCCGAUGCUGGGAUUUUUCACACCGUGGAUGUUACCAAGUCACUUUAUGUAAAGUGGAGUUUUUUUGUGUCUGUGAGGACUAUAUUGUGUGUGUGUGUGUGUGGGUGUGUGUG